GCGCAAACCUUCCACUCUUUUAACUGACACUGCGUGUCCCCGCGAACGCCUCUGGACAGGAUCCACCUCGCCCGACGGUCGACACGUUCCUUGCCCACCCGGGUCUCAAGCCCUCGUCCGCGCGAUCCAAGCAGCGCACAAAACCAUGACGCAACCGUCCAUCAUCAGCGUCAACCUGGUCACCGUAGCUCUGGAGAGCUUGCUCUAUGGCAUCUUCCUCACCUUGACCUCGACCUCGUUCUACAUUCUCAUCAACCGCGCAUUGAGCCAGCAGUCGAGCCAUGGAAGGUCCGGAUGCUCGUCCCUCUUCACCCCGGUGAUGUUCGGGACCAUAGCUAUCACCCUCACCGUCAGCGCUCACUGGGUCAUGACCGUCGUUCGCCUCUUCGACGCCUUCGUGAAUUUCGAGCAGGGGCAAGCGGCAUUGCUAUACUACGCGGAUCUCGCCCUCACCACAGAGAUAAUCAAGACUGCGUUUGUCGUUACAACGCUCAUCAUAUCUGACAUCCUACUGGUCUAUCGGUUAUGGACGGUCUGGGGCUAUAAUUAUUACGUCAUUAUAAUACCCUCCCUCACCGUACUUGGUUUGUCAAUCGCGGGUCCAGGUGUAAUAUACCAGCUCUCCCAGCUCAAUGCCACCAGCUCGGUGUUCGUAACAGAGGUCAACCGCUGGAUCUCAGCAGACUACGCGUGCACGUUCGUUACCAACGUCUACAGCACAUUUGGGAUUGCUUGGAAGGUAUGGCAUGUACGCUCACCAGGCGGCAAAUCGUAUGGCGGUGGGAACCUUCAGCGUGUACUCGCCAUGAUAGUUGAGAGUGCUGCUCUGUACACCUCAUACGCCGUCUUCUUCUUCGUCGCCUACCAAGUCAACAAUAACAUACAGUUCACCGCGAUCGACACGCUCUGCCCCAUUGCCGGGAUCGCCUUCACGAUGAUCAAUGUCCGCGUCGGCCUCGGGUGGGGCCAGCGCGCACACCAGUCCUCGCAGAUCUCCUCAGCCGGGAUUGCAUCGAGACGCGCUGCGGAGCAGUCAUUCGCCAUGCGUCCCGUGGCGGUCGACAUUUCUCAGGUCGUGCACAAGGAGGACGACAUGGGGCAGCCUGUCAAGAUACGGACGAACGACUACAGCGUCUGAGCGGUCGUGUCUCGCGUUAUACCGGCACUUGUUGGGGUGGAGGGCUUCUUGUAGAACCUUACUGUAUGUAUGUUACACAGCACGACUUCGUG